AUUUGCUUCUUACGGUGCGCAAUUUGAUGCCAGGCAACUAUAAAGUGUGUGUGUCGUGUUAAGUUCAGACAACACAAAGGACAGAAACGGUAAACCGGGCAGCUCAAGACUUGUGCAUGAGUAACAUUCGAUGAUGCUACCGUCAUUCAGCUUUACACCRGAACAAGUUGCAUGCGUUUGCGAAGUUUUGCAACAGAGUGGAGACAUUGAACGAUUGGGACGAUUUUUGUGGUCCCUUCCAGARUGUGAAACUAUCCAAAAAAAUGAAAGCGUACUAAAGGCUAAAGCCAUCGUAGCAUUCCAUAAUGGGAACUUUCAGGAGCUCUAUCGAAUCCUUGAAAGCAGCAACUUUUCAUCAGCAUCGCAUCCAAAACUGCAGUCGCUCUGGCUAAAAGCACAUUACAUGGAGGCAGAGAAACUACGAGGAAGGCCAUUAGGUGCCGUGGGCAAGUACCGAGUGCGGCGUAAAUUUCCACURCCAAGGACGAUAUGGGACGGAGAGGAAACAAGUUACUGCUUCAAGGAAAAAUCCCGAAAUAUCCUACGUGAAUGGUACUCGCAUAAUCCUUAUCCCUCACCACGUGAAAAGCGCGAAUUGGCAGAGAACACUGGUCUAACAACAACACAAGUAAGCAAUUGGUUUAAGAACAGAAGACAACGAGAUCGGGCCGCAGAGGCGAAAAUAAGGGAAAUGUCCAAUGACGCUCGCAACGGCAAGCUGUUAUCUUCAGAUAAGCAAAGUAUUAUGCACGAGGCAGCAAAGAAGUGUAUGACGGCUGAUUUUGCCCAGUGUUUAUCGCAAGGCAUCCCCGUCAAUGUUAAACUAGAAGUAGAUGAAGCAACGUUAAUGGCACACACAGACUCAGUAAAUGAGUUUAGCCAAGGACUUCARGAUACAAACAUGUUGACUACACUCACUAAUACUCUAGUGGGAUUGUAAAAAGUUUGGUCAGAUUUGUAUCUCAUUGUAAAUUGUGCCCUCGUUCUCUAGUACCACAAGGUGAUCAUUUCAAGCAGUGGCGCUACGGCUUCGAUGUGUCAGUGAAUAACACUUACAAGCUGACAAACUCGUAACACUAAGCCUAUUCAAAACAUUGAUAGUUUUAACGUGUAGUGAAGAAAAAUACGACUAAAAGUCGAGCCGGACAGUCAAGAAGAUUGUAAAAAGAACACUGUUUCCGCUCGAUCAUCGAGGAUGGACUGUGUUAACAACUUUCCUUAUAAAAAUGCAACUUUCUUUCUCGUCGUUUCAUUUUCGCUGUUUCAAUUAACCCGCUUAGCACAUAAGAGACAAUCAACAUUGAAAUGUCAUGUUCAUUGUCCCAAAUCAUGAACCAAUAGUCAAUGUUUUUCUAGUCGUUCUCUCGAGUGCCACCAAGUAUGAUUAGUAUGUUCUCGUAAUGAAAAACCCAACACUAUGUACUCUUUAGACACUUAAUCCUGAUUGUACAAAUUAUAUAUAUUGGGUGUGCAAUAUAAAGCAACCUUUUUAAUAAUGCUCUCUAAUACAAGUGAAAAUACAUAUUAUAUAUAUAUAUACAUAUAUUUACUUCUGAAAACUUCAAGUUUUUAUUUUGAUAUAGAUUAGUGGCUUCCUAACCGCCAAGAAAGCCGAGGUCUUUCCGCCUAAAUAAGUAUCUCAUUUCGAUGUGGUUCUCAUAUAUCGUCCAUAUCAUUAACUCUUUGGAAAUCGAAAACCCAAAAGCGGUCGCCCCGCACAAAUUUGAGCACAGAAAGAAAGAUUUUGUGACAAGUACGUUAUAUUGAAGCCUACAAUAAGUAGAAAUUCAAUGCGUGAURCUAGUGGUGAACAGGACUAGCAGACGAGUCGAAAUGACUCGAGGUAAGUAAGUGCUCUUGUUGUUAUUCUAAAGUGAUGGCGACGGGAAAGUCAAAACGACACGUCUCGACAUAGAAUUUAAUAAUGAUUACAAGCGAAGAGGUCUUAAAGAGCUCUGUGUUGCCAAGAAAAUAAUUUAAUAAAAGAUCUUUUCAUUUGGGACAUUGAA